AUGUCGCACAUCCCCUACGCUUGGACCGAGUGCUUGAGCGGUAUGUAUCCGUCGUGGUCGCAUUCUCUCAGCGCCUCUGGUGCAGGAAACGAGGCGCGGGAGGACCCCACGCACAACAAGUUUCGCCAACAGCCAUUCACGCCAGCCGAAAACGUCAGCUCCUUGGGCCUCUUCCACCACCACGCCGUCGACCACAUGGCGCGCCAGCAGCUCCCGCCGCCCGGACCAGUGUCGUCGUCGGCGUCGGCAGCGAGUCUAGCCAAGUCGCAAAUGCCCGGGUCCGAGCACGCAACCUGUUUUCUGUCGGCCCCGUGCGACAAGCCCGACUGCGAUGAGGCCACCAUCUGCUACGACUAUUCUCUACCGCACUAUGCCGACAUCCACUGCUCCCAGGACGCCUUCAACUGCCCCGAGACUUUCGACUGCGCAGAGACCAGUUGCCAUGCCGCUGACUGGGUGUGCACCGACCUGGACUGCCACGAACCCGGCUGCGACCAAGAACACGCUCGGGGAUGCAGUCCUGCCUGUGCUGCAACCGCUGUCCCCUGCUCCGACCCGACUUGCAGUGAUGACCACCUCUACUGCUGUCUCUCGGACGUCUGCCCUCGACCUCAUCCCCCAGGCACAGAAUGUCCUCAACCGCUAUGCCACGAUCAACAUGUCCAUCCUGCCACCACAAUCUGCCACUCCGGCCCUGCAGUCGCCUGUACACAACCAUAUGGCUACAAAGUUCCGUCGACGGCGACCGCCAGUCAAGACACCAUGUCCAUUAGCACCAUCAGCACUCCAACCACAGACUCUGUCCCCACACCAGACAAUUUUCAAUCUCUGAUAGAGGCUGCCUCUGCUUACCCACCACGGAAACGCAUGCGCCUCGACGAAUCAAACUCUUCCUUCCACGACUUCAACGUGCCCUACUACUCUUCCAACGAUUACUGGCAACAGGACCUUUCCCAAAACUUUUCAUCAUCACAAUUCGCUUCGGCCAGUCAACCAAUUACUGCCAGGGCGUCGCCAGCCAUCAAGACCAAAGCGCGCCAAGAGAAGGCUUCAAAAGACCUGGAUGAUAUUGCUUCCUUCGCACACCUUUCUUGUUCGAACGUCAUUGACCGAGAGUCCAUCAGACCAUGCAAUCGUGUUUUCGCUACCAUCGAAGACCUGCACAACCAUGUCAAGGAUCAUACUUGCACUUUGGUUCCUUCCAAAACACCGAACCGCACAUUCGUUUGUCGCUGGGAUGGCUGUGAGAAGGAUGCACCUUUCGGUACCAAGAACCAUCUUGAUCGUCAUAUGCAAAAUCAUACGCGAUUCAAGCCUUUUGCAUGCAACAUCUGUGGCCAUCGUUGCGUCACUCAACAACAACUGAAUAACCAUUUGACAACACACUCACGAGAAAAGAAAUUCAAGUGUGACUACCCCGGCUGCGGCAAAGUCUUCGGUGUCAAAACUGCUCUAUCCACCCACAAACGUACCCAUACCAAUGAGAAGCCCUUCUCAUGCCGUUGGUGUGGUGACAGCUACUCGGACAGCUCCAACCUAUCCAAGCACCGGAAAACUGUCCAUGAAGACGACAAAACCGCUAUACCUUGCCCGGAUCCCGACUGUGAGUACAAAGACUCACGCGCACAACGUCUCGAACGCCAUUGUCGCGACACCGGCCACGGAAUGGCUCUAUACGCCGACGCCCAUAAAUGGAGCGAGUAUACCAGGAAAAAGCAAGUUCGGAGCCGUACAGCCAGUAUUGCUCCCAGUAUGGCCUGA